AAGGAUUGAUGGCUCUCAGUCCGUCUCGUCCAAUCAGCCGAUGAAGGCAAUGCACACUUCCACGACUCUGGAUCAGUCGAUGGAGAUGGACUCGGUCAAUGGUACGGAUGACGAGAGAAGAUCGCACGCGUCGUCGCGAUCAUCGUACCGCGCCUGGAUUCGCUCUAUCGAGGCAAAAUUGCAUGCAUCCAAUGCUGCACCAACUUCCCCGACUCGCAUCGGGCUUCUCGAGACGCUCCAGAAGGCCCUCGAGCAAAAGCAUCAGGCGUAUCUCCUCUCCUCGGCAGAGACAAGGCUCUUCUCUGCUCUCGUGGCGUUUCUGCUCUCGAGUUCUCAAGCGGGGGGGCUCAUCUCCGAUGCCAGCGUUGUGGCUCAGCUUCUGCAGCUCCACAGCGACCUCUCUAGGGACAGCAAUGGCAGCGCGCUCGACAUCGCGGCCUUUCAAGCCUAUACCUCUCUUACCCUCGCGCUACACUGGAUCUAUACGGGAGUCGACCCUGCCCAAGUUGCGGAGAGGUGUGAGCCGUGGAUCAGCCAGGCGAUGACCUUGAGCUUGUCGUCGAGCCAGGAGGGGCAAGUGGAAGGCCUCGGUCUCGUUUCCAAGGACCCGUUACUGUACUGGACUGCAACAAGCGGUGGGCCGCGUCUGGAUGCUACCGGCAACUACUUGCCGUCGAGUUUGCCAAGAAUUCCGACGGCGCAGCAAGCAGAGGCUGCCGGGGUAGGGCCCGCCUGGGAAGCUUUGCUAGGAGAAGAGGCCGUCAGGGAGCGCGUCAGAGAAGCUAAUUCCAGGGCAGCAGGAGACUCCUUGAACAGUCACAAGGUGUGGAACCCGUAUCUGGCCUUUGAGAUUGUGCACUGGCAGCUCAAUAGAAGCGCUACUGCCGCCAGCAUCAUCCACAACGUCUUUCUCGCUCGACUAGCCAUCCCCCACGUCACCAUCGAUGAGACGUACCAGCUCUUUUCGACCUUUGUCACCAACUCUCUACCGCCAGACGUCUACGAAGAGACCAUGUCGAGCUCUUCGCGGCUCGUUGGGAAGGCGAAAGCUAUCGUCGAUGCAUGCGAGCCGUAUGAGCAAGGCCUUGCACAUACGAGUACUUCUUCAAACGACGCAUCGGCGCUCGCAGCCUCUUGGAAGUACUACCUCCGUUGGAUCGUCACAAAGACAGAGAGAGAUGGAGUCAAGCCGGGCGGUUUCCUCUUUGACGUCGAGGGCGCGUCGGCCCUGUUCGAGCGAGCGAUUGCCCAGGUUGGGUAUCCGGAGCAGACUCACAGCGAGCAAGUGGCACCCACUGUUGAGGCGCAAGAGACCGAGGCAAAGGCGCGUAGCAGAGAGACUCGCCAAGCCAGAGAGAGCAGGGUCGCAGUCGAAACACAGUCGCAGAGGGUCAGCGAGGAUGCCUGUCAAGGGAUAUGGCGGGAGUUUGUCGCACUUCUGAAUAUCGCUCACGCGCCCCAGUCGCUGGUACUUGAUGUCGUCGAGCGAGCAAACAAGAGCCUGCCGUUUUCAGGCUCGCUGUGGGGCUCCACGCUCCGUUGCUUUGGCAAGUUGAGACUCUCGCGGCAACAGAUCGAGGAAACCCUGGCAAGAGCUCUCUCGAGCGGCGAGGUCCAGGCCAGAGGCACAGCCGAGGUUGUCGACGUUCUCCUGGCCCGUAUUGACGUCGAGAGGGAGUCUCAGGCGGCUCAGCUGAUGUUGGCCGAUCCAGCAACUUACGCAGAAGGAGGGUUGUCAGAUGCCCAAGCCGCCGUAGCACGCAACCCUGAAUCAUUUCUCGAGGUCUAUACUCUCCUGGAGUGGGCUUUGGAAACAAUCAAGGGCAUCGAGGCACAGUCAAGGGGAAAGAGCAAAGACGCCGGAGACACGUCAUUGCGCUUGGAAAAGAUGGCGUCGCGAUGGUGCGAACUCGGAGGCGAGGCUAUGGUUGCCCUGGCCGAGGGGAUCUGGGAGCAUGUGCUCAAAGCGAAGAGAUCCAACGUUCUCGCAUGGAGGGAAGCUGCGGCCUACUGGGCGAGGAGAGGUUCUGCUAGCAAAGCGAGAGGCAUCCUGAAGCAAGGGCUCGAGCGUCGAGACCUCGACGGCACGGCAAAAGUUCAGCUCGCCGACGACCUCGUUGACCUCGAGCAUUGCCUCGGAACGCUCUCCGACGUUGAAGUGGCGCGCGAAAGACGGAUCGUGGAACAGGACAAGGCGUGGGAGGCGUACAACAGCUAUUAUACCCAGCAGCAACAACAAAGCUACGCCGACGUGGAAAUGGACGAUAGCGAGGAAGUCGGCACGAAGAGAAAAGCAGACGAGGAUCAGCAGCACCAUCCCACCGCCCAGGGAUCUUCUCCAAACAACGACGCAAUACCGCCAAAGCGAGGCAAGACCGAUGACCGGAAACCGCAGCGAGAUCGAGAGUUCUGCUCAGUCAUGGUCUCGGGCCUGCCAGCGGUGACCGACGACAGGGAUACAGACGAAGUAUUGCAGAAGAUCGAGGCACUGUUUAAGGAUUGUGGUGAAAUUUCCGAAAUCACCGGUCCAAGGGUACCUGCCGGCUCACAGACAAGCGCCGCUCUCAUUGAAUUCACGGACCGUUCAUCGAUUCCGGCUGCGCACACCAAAGACAAAAAGCGCAUUGACGGCCAAUUCGUCCAGGUGGACCUCGGAUACGAGUGCACCUUGUACGUUACCAACUUUUCCGAAGAGGCUGACGAUCACUGGAUCCGAACGCUUUUCUCACCCUACGGUGACAUUUUCGACGUUCGUUGGCCCAGCAAGCGGUACGCUUCGAAUAGACGCUUCUGCUAUGUCCAAUUUACCACCCAGCAAAGUGCCACUUCCGCCCUUGCCGAGCAUCAGAAAGAGGUCGGACACAGCCCUCAGGGCGAGGCACUCAGGCUCGAAGUCCUUCGCUCGGACCCCGCGAGGAAAAAGGUCAGAUCGGACGCAGCGUCGACGGAGCGAGAGCUAUACGUCACAAAAUUGCCCAGAAGUGCCACAGUGGACGCCUUGAGAAGCAUGUUUGGGGCCGAAGGCGACGUUGAAGAUGUUCGAAUGCCUACGAAUCCAGAUGGCAAGCCCAAGGGUGUCGCAUUUAUCGACAUGAGGACCAUAUUAGACGCCGAAAAGGCGAUGCAGGUCCUCAAUGGUGCUCGGCUCAAGGGCAAGGCCAUCUCUGUCUCAAUUGCCCAAGCCAGAGUUUCCGGUCCUGGCAGAGCCACAUCGCCUAAUGCGCCGAGGAUGGACGCCGAAAGAAGAAGCCGCUGCGUCAAGGCGCGUGGUCUUCCGUUGGAUGCACAGGAGGCCAUUAUUCAGCAGCUGUUUGAAAGGAUGGCUGGCGGGCCUGGGACGGUCUUGUUGGUCGAGUACGAGCCUGGUAAAGAAGGGCACGGCAUCGCCACGAUCGAAUUCCAGGAUGCGAGUACGGCGGGUAGGAUCCUGUUGGCAUCGACGGCACAAUACGACGAACAACAUCUCCUUUCACUUUCGCCGCUCGAACAUCGCGGCGCCGCGGCAGCGGUGCCCCCGUCCAGCGCCUCGCAUUUUGCGCCUCGACAAGUGGUGGGAGGAGCAGCUCGUGGUGGCGUGGCAAGGGGACGGGGCCGGGGUAGAGGCUCUUUUGGCGGUGGCAUUGGGUUCACAAGGAGCAGCGAAGGGCAUCAAGCGCAAGACAGGGCGACUGAAUCUAUGGACGUGGACGGCGCCGGGGAUUUGUCCGCGGCUGCGUCCACGGCACCAAAAUCGCAGGAGGCCUUUCGAGACAUGCUCAACAAGGGCAAGUGAAAGGAAGCUUUCGGACAAAAAGCCAUGCUUUGAGCGAAGAGCAAAUGCCGGUGUUGGAGAAGUGGUAGUGUUGCUCCCGCACAAAUGUCACAUGAAAGGCAGCCACACGCAUGCGCUCUGCAGGUCGACGAUCAAUGUUCUAUACAAUCAUGCGCAUGAACGUCUCUUUGGGUUUCUGUUCUAAAUGUGACUUGCACCCGGCUCCAAACGAGGCCUGUGUGCGACAAGACCUGUACUUUGUUUUCGCGGACAGUGGUCUCGAGCGGUUCAGCUUGAACGAUUGGAAAGCUGAAGCGAAGAAACGGUGUCGUCGCCGAAAGAACGAGCGGAGCCGAGGGCCUUGCAUGAAUCGUCCGCUUUCUUCGGC